AUGGUGGCGGACGCGAUGGGCGUGGACCGCCCCAUCGCCAUUCAAAACAGCUUCUCCCUGGUGCACCGCACCUUUGAGGGCGAGCUCGCGGAGACGUGCUCGCGGCGCCACUUCAACCUCCCCCUGCUGCCGUGGUCCGCACUGGCUGGUGGGGCACUCAGUGGCAAGUACCUCGAAACGGUGCCGGAGGGCAUCUCGCCAGCGGGGCCCACCAGCCGCCUCAAUCUCUUCGCUGAUAGGUACGCCCGCUUCACCUCGCACCGCGUGCAGCGCGCCGCCGCGCGCUAUGCCGAGAUCGCCGCGGACUGCGGCCUCACGCCCGCGCAGCUCGCCUACGCGUGGGCGGCGUCGCGGCCGUACGUGGGCAGCACCAUCGUGGGGGCCACCAGCCUGGACCAGCUGGCCUCCAACCUGCGCUUCACGGGGGUCGAGCUGGGGCAGGACGUCCUGGACGCCAUCGAGGCAGUGCACCUGCAGCGCCGCAACCCCAGCCUGGUGGACUGA